AUGGCUUUGUCGAUGAAGUUGACCUUCUCGUCGGGGCAGAUGGGAUCAGAUCAGUAUGCCAAAAAGACCCUUUGCCAGGACAUUAUUAACCCAUUUCAGAUUGUGAGAUCUGUUGUGUCGCCUUCGCACCACCUCGGAUACAACGGGCACUUCACCUAUCGUAUGACGAUUUCCCAAAAGGACGCAAAGGAGAUUCAUGGCCUUCCAUGGGCACCUACCUUCUGGCUCGGUAACGUCGGACACUAUGCGUUUACCUGCCCUCUUGGUGGCGAUGACUUCGAGGUCACACUUCGCAUCCCACGACCCCCUGAAAAGGAGGAAUUCUAA